AGGAACUUGCACGCCUUGCAUCCGAAAAACUCCACAAAGCCACAAGAUCACGCUCAUAUUUUCAAGAAAUUCACAUUCUCGUUCCCGAAGAAUGGGGCAACCCUCCAAAAGAUUUAAAUCUACCACAAGAGCCCGCCACUUUUGAAUCUUUUGAUUCUGCAGAUUUCCAAAUCUCUCCUAGGAACCAUGAUAAUAUGGAAACGAAGACAGUGCGCGCACUCUGUGGAAAUCCCCAGGGUCCAGUAGAAAUACCCUCAACAUAUCUCUUAGCCUUGACUGGACAGGGAGAACUAGAGUGGACAAAAGCGACUCGCAAGUUUAUUCAACACUGGGCAAAACAUCGCUGGGGAGUUUUUGAAGAGUAUGUCGAACCAGCAUUGCUCCUCGCCGAGUUACGCAUGGCUGAAACAGGGAUUCCUCGAAUAGGGAUCGAGCCACUGUUUAUUCUAAGCAAAGUGAUUCACGGUGUAUUUCCGUCUGUAUGUGCGUGGCCAGGAGAUGUGAGACUCUUCAGGCGGAUCUUGAAUGCUGGAACUACAUACAACAUUCGGACCAAUGAAACCUGUGACCCACAAAAGGCUGUUAACCCUUCUAGUGAGUUAGUAGACAAGCUUUCUUGUACGUACAGAGUGAACGGUGACCUCGCAAGUAAUAAUUCUGAUAAUGUAUCGCUUAUGUCAUUGGUGGACUUUUCUCGCUCAGAUCAUUUCUGUGAUGAAGAUACUCACCAGAAGAACGCAAAACAUCCACAGAACAUCUUGUGUAAAGCAAGUAUCUGGAAAACAAUAUCUUCGAAAUCAGUUGUUGGUGAUCUGCACAGUUCUAGAAACCUUCCCAGAGCGAGUAUCGACACCACUCCUCGAUUCAAGCUUGUUAGAUCUGAAAUUCCACGUAUCGUCAUAGUCAUUGAUAUCUCUGAAAGCAUGAAAGGGAAUAGUUCCAGAACUUUACAGAGUAGUCUAAAGCGUUUCAUCAAUUAUCUAGCAAUUGAUAGAAGUAUGAUAGCCAUUAUUGGAUUCAAUGACACAGCGCAUGUUUUUGCUGACCUCACACUUGUAGCAGAAGGCAGGGAUGUACUUUCCUCCAAAAUUCCUUCUGCCACGGGAGGGCGCACAUGUAUUUCUUGUGGAAUAAAUAGAGGACUACAGAUAUUGGAGCGAAGAGGAGGAACUGCAGGGGGAUUAAUACUGAUCUUUACGGAUGGUAUUGAAAAUGAAGCUUUCAAUCUAAAAAACAUUGUGACCAAAGUGUCCAACUCUGGUGUCAGAGUAGGAACAUUUGCUUUGUCUCAUAAAGUAGAUGUGCAGCUGGACUUCCUAGCAACUGUUAGCCAUGGAAAGUCUUACAUCAUUCCCAAUGAAGAUGCGAUGUUGUUAAUGGAUGAGGCGCUCUUGGACAUUGUCAACUUUGCACACAGAGGAGAAAUUCCUUAUCGCCUAUGG